AUGUACAAAUUCCAAGUCGACGAACAAUGCAGAUAUCCAUUUAUGUUUGUCGACGGAUGCAUGGCGUUAUUUGUCAGAUUUUCUUAUGUUAUUCUUGCCUCUGCCCUAGUUGGAGCAAUUUGUAAAGCGGAAAAACGUCGAAGAAAUUUGGGAAACGACGAAUCUUCAAAUGCUUCUAAACUGAUCACGAUUAUGGCCAUAUCGGUGUUCAUUUCAGAAACAACUUAUGGUGCCUUAUAUGUUGUGACCUAUUUCUUUGAUAGACAAUACGAGGAAAUAAAAGUGAUUAAACGACAAGACUCGAUUGUUCUCAUUUUUCUGAUCAUCAAUUCUGCGACUCAUAGUAUCAUCUGUUUCUUUAUGUCAUCUCAAUACAGAGAAACUGCAAGGAGGCUAUUCUGGAAAAGGAGUUCAAGAGUCGGAAAUAUUAUUAGUUCUGUUCCGAUUAGUAGCUAA